GUCCUCCCGGGCCCGGCCAGCGAGCGAGCGAGCCGAGCGCGGACAUGGCCGGCCGCGCCCGCAGCCUGCUGCUGCUCCUGCUCGCCCUGCACAGCGGCGGGCUGGCGGCUUUCCGAAGCCCACUUUCCGUCUUUAAGAGGUUUAAAGAAACUACUCGAUCAUUUUCCAAUGAGUGUCUUGGUAACACCAGACCAGUCAUUCCUAUUGAUUCUUCAGAUUUUGCUUUGGAUAUUCGCAUGCCUGGGGUUACACCAAAACAGUCUGACACAUACUUCUGCAUGUCUAUGCGUUUGCCUGUGGAUGAGGAAGCCUUUGUGAUUGACUUCAAACCUCGUGCCAGCAUGGAUACUGUCCAUCAUAUGUUGCUGUUUGGAUGCAAUAUGCCUUCAUCCACUGGAAGUUACUGGUUUUGUGAUGAAGGAACCUGUUCCGAUAAAGCCAAUAUCCUCUAUGCCUGGGCAAGAAAUGCUCCUCCCACCAGGCUCCCCAAAGGUGUUGGAUUCAGAGUUGGAGGAGAAUCUGGAAGUAAAUAUUUUGUUCUGCAAGUACACUAUGGAGAUAUUAGUGCUUUCAGAGAUAAUCACAAAGACUGCUCUGGUGUGUCCUUACAUCUCACUCGUGUGCCACAACCUUUAAUUGCUGGCAUGUACCUUAUGAUGUCUGUUGACACUGUUAUACCAGCGGGUGAGAAAGUGGUGAACUCCGAUAUUUCGUGCCACUAUAAAAUGUAUCCCAUGCAUGUCUUUGCCUAUAGAGUUCAUACUCACCAUUUAGGUAAGGUAGUGAGUGGAUAUAGAGUAAGAAAUGGACAGUGGACACUGAUUGGACGCCAGAGCCCCCAGCUGCCACAGGCUUUCUACCCAGUGGAGCACCCUGUGGAUGUUACUUUUGGUGACAUACUGGCAGCAAGAUGUGUGUUCACUGGUGAGGGAAGGACAGAAGCCACUCACAUUGGCGGCACAUCUAGUGAUGAAAUGUGUAAUUUGUACAUUAUGUAUUACAUGGAGGCGAAGCACGCAGUCUCUUUCAUGACCUGCACACAAAAUGUGGUUCCAGACAUGUUCCGAUCUAUACCACCAGAGGCCAACAUUCCCAUCCCUGUAAAGUCUGAUAUGGUUAUGAUGCAUGGGCAUCACAAAGAAACAGAAAACAAAGAUAAGACUGCCUUAGUACAGCCACCAAAACGGGAAGAAGAAGUGUUAGACCAAGGUGAUUUCUAUUCCCUCCUUUCCAAGCUGCUAGGAGAAAGGGAAGGUGUGGUUCAACUGCACAAGUAUAACCCUACAGAACAGGCAGAGUCAGAUGCAGACCUGGUAGCUGAGAUUGCAAACGUAGUCCAGAAAAAGGAUCUCGGUGGGGCUGAUGCCAGAGAGGGUGAAGAGCAUGAUGAGAGGGGCAAUGCUAUUCUUGUCAGAGACAGAAUCCACAAGUUCCACAGACUAGAAUCUACCCUGAGACCAGCUGAGAGCAGAGCUUUCUCAUUACAGCAGACGGGUGAAGGCAACUGGGAGCCAGAACACACAGGAGAUUUCCACAUGGAGGAGGCACUGGAUUGGCCUGGAGUAUACUUGUUACCAGGCCAGGUUUCUGGAGUCGCUCUGGACCCUGAGAAUAACCUAGUGAUUUUUCACAGAGGUGACCACGUUUGGGAUGGAAACUCUUUUGACAGCAAAUUUGUUUAUCAGCAAAGAGGACUUGGGCCAAUUGAAGAAGACACCAUUCUUGUCAUAGAUCCAAAUAAUGCUGCUGUGCUCCAGUCUAGUGGGAAAAAUCUGUUUUACUUGCCACAUGGAUUGAGUAUAGAUAAAGAUGGAAAUUACUGGGUCACGGAUGUAGCUCUCCAUCAGGUAUUCAAGCUGAAUCUAAACCAUAAAGAAGGACCUCUCUUAGUCCUGGGAAGGAGCAUGCAACCAGGCAGCGACCAAAAUCACUUCUGCCAACCAACUGACGUGGCUGUGGAUCCCAGCACUGGAGCCAUCUACGUGUCAGAUGGUUACUGUAAUAGUCGGAUUGUGCAGUUUUCACCAAGUGGAAAGUUCAUCACACAAUGGGGAGAAGAGUCUUCAGAGAGCAAUCCUAAGCCAGGCCAAUUUCGUGUUCCUCAUAGCUUGGCACUUGUGCCCCAUUUGGGCCAACUGUGUGUGGCAGACAGAGAAAAUGGGCGGAUCCAGUGUUUUAAAACUGACAACAAAGAAUUUGUGAGAGAGAUCAAGCAUGCAUCAUUUGGAAGAAAUGUAUUUGCAAUUUCAUAUGUUCCAGGCUUGCUCUUUGCCGUGAAUGGGAAGCCUUACUUUGGGGAACAAGAACCUGUGCAAGGAUUUGUGAUGAACUUUUCCAGUGGAGAAAUUAUAGAUGUCUUCAAGCCAGUACGCAAGCAUUUUGAUAUGCCUCAUGAUAUUGUUGCUUCUGAAGAUGGGACUGUGUACAUUGGAGAUGCUCACACAAACACCGUGUGGAAAUUCACCCUGGCUGAAAAAAUGGAGCAUCGAUCGGUUAAAAAGGCUGGCAUUGAGGUCCAGGAAAUCAAAGAAGCCGAGGCAGUUGUUGAACCCAAAACGGAGAACAAACCUACCUCCUCAGAGUUGCAGAAGAUGCAAGAGAAACAGAAAUUGAUCAAAGAGCCAGGCUCGGGAGUGCCCGUGGUUCUCAUUACAACCCUCCUGGUUAUUCCGGUGGUUGUCCUGCUGGCCAUUGUCAUAUUUAUUCGGUGGAAAAAAUCAAGGGCCUUUGGAGAUUCUGAACACAAACACGAAGCAAGUUCUGGAAGAGUGCUGGGCAGAUUUAGAGGAAAGGGAAGUGGCGGCUUAAACCUUGGAAAUUUCUUCGCAAGCCGGAAAGGCUACAGUCGCAAAGGGUUCGACCGCCUCAGCACAGAGGGAAGUGACCAGGAGAAGGAUGAAGAUGAUGGAAGCGAGUCGGAAGAGGAGUAUUCAGCACCUCUCCCCCCACCAGCACCUUCCUCAUGAAAACCAGGCUGUGGUUUAUGUGGAAUGAGACUUACCAAGAAUGCCAGAUUCCUUUCCCUUUAGCACGUUUAAAGUUCUGUGCAUUUAAUUGUAAGCUGUACUAGUCUGUGUGGGACUGUACAUAUUUUAUUUACUUCAUCUUGGUUAAGUUGGCUUUGUUUCUAGAUGAGGAAUUUCCUAAGAAUUCACAACAGUGCCAUUGUCUUCAUAAAGACCUAGAGUAGAGAAACAGCCCUCUUCUUCCAUCGUAGUAGUACUAACCUAAGGAUGGAAGGUUUGCUCAUUUACAUUUUGAGAGCUUUUUGGUGGAUGUAAAUAACCCCAUCUCUGCUUGAGCACAGUGUUUUCCCAAUCGCACUGCCAUCGCCAGCGUCUUGCUUUGGUGCCUUUCCUGUUCAGCACUCUCAGCCUGCAGCAGUAAAGAGAAACUUCGUGCUAACGACAGAGCUGCUAAAUCUAUUUUUUUAAAAUCACUAACAUUAUAUUGCAAUGAGAGAAAGAAAAAUUCUCUAUUUAAAUUCUUUUUUAAAUUUUUCUCUUCAGUUGGUUUGUUUCUUGGAUGUCUUAUUUUUAGAUGGUUAUACUGUUAGAACACUAUUUUCAGAAUCUGAAUGUAAUUUGUGUAAUAAAGUGUUUUCAGAGCAUUA